AUGGAGUCGGUGAAAAGAGCCAACGUGAACAGACAGAUCGAGACUGUGGACCCAUUAACACAGCAGCUUCAGUCACUUGGAAUGCGGAUCCGAAAGAGCGUGAGUGAUGGGUACAAGAGAGACGAAUCGAGCAUGGUUUCGGAUCAGUUCAUUGCUGCUCAAACUCGUCGUGUUCCGGUGCCAGAACACCUCAACAACGGUCCCCCACCAUUAGACUAUCGCGGAUCGACCGUUUCGUCAUUGGCCGACUGGGAAGAUGCACUCAACGAUGGAUCGCGCGGAUCCAAGCGUACCUUUGACGAUUCCAACGACUACGAGAAGAAAUACGGCCCACUGGUCUUCAACGAGGAGUUCUGA